UGUAGACGGUGGCCCUGUGCGGGAGCCGGCUCCCACUCGGCCCCUGCAGUGCGAUCCUUGGGGGCUGCUGCUCCUGCGCCGUCAGCCGGCGGAGGGCCGGCGCCCGGGCAGCGCUGAGGUUUCGGCCACCUCUCAGGUGUUCUCAGCUGCGCGGAGGACAGCGGCGAGUGACACGGGUGGGGGGAGGCCGAGUCGGGAGGGGACGACUAGGAGGGGCGCGGGCGGUGGGUGGCUCGCCCGGCGCUGUGUGCGGACUGCCAGCACUCCCAGCGGUGCACUGGGGCAGACCCUGCUCCCCUGGACCUGCCGGGAGCUCACCGCGUUCUUCGCAGUGCUGACAGUACCCCCAAGUUCUGUCUGCUCCCAGAGGCCUUGUGGCGUCACAGAACGGGACACGGUCGGGACGCUGCACCCUGGCUUUGCCUUCCGGAAGAUCACUAGGACUGCUCGCCUGUCUCUAGGCCUGCUUUAGGCUGCCUACAAACCAGCUUGGGUUGCGUGGGGUCUCAGGUUCUGACUUUCUGAGCUUGCUCCCGUGCCGCAAAACUAGCCCAGCUGAAAAAUAGCAUUCAGUGGUGAGCAUACCGUGUGUCCAGGAUGUUAUAAUACACAGCUCUGAAACUGGUUGGAGAAGUAAGUGCCCUAGCAAUUAUUUGAUCACCCUCUUCAGUAGUCAGAACACUGGCCAAAAGAAGAACUUAGACAAGAAAGAUGGGAGGCGAAUGUCUUUCCAGAAGCCUAAAGGGACUAUCGAGUACACUGUCGAAUCAAGAGAUUCUUUGAAUAGCAUAGCCCUGAAAUUUGAUACAACACCCAAUGAACUUGUUCAGUUAAAUAAGUUAUUCUCCCGAUCAGUCGUGACUGGACAGGUUUUGUAUGUUCCCGACCCUGAAUAUGUCUCCAGUGCUGAGAGUUCUCCAUCUCUGAGCCCCGUAAGCCCUCUGUCACCAGCGUCCUCCGAGGCUGAGUUUGAUAAGACCACUAAUCCUGAUGCAGCCCAUCCAAAAGAAGCAACUCCCGUGUCUGCUCUUACUGGUAUUCGACCAGCACGAGUUGUAUCUUCCACAUCUGAAGAAGAAGAAGCAUUUACUGAGAAAUUUCUUAAGAUUAAUUGCAAAUACAUUACCAGUAGCAAGGGCACAGUCAGUGGUGUGCUGCUGGUUACACCAAACAAUAUCAUGUUUGAUCCACAUAAAACUGACCCUUUGGUCCAAGAGAACGGCUGUGAGGAGUACGGCAUCAUGUGUCCAAUGGAGGAGGUGAUGUCCGCCGCCAUGUACAGAGACAUUCUGGACAGCAAAAUAAAGGAGUCUUUACCCAUAGAAAUAGACCUGUUAUCAGGAAGGGACUUCUGCCAUUCAAAGGAUGCAACAGGAAUGAAUACCGAGGAGGUAGACUCAAGAACUCGCGAUGCAGGUAACGACAGUGCCAGCACGGCUCCGAGGAGCACCGAGGAGUCUCUCUCUGAGGAUGUGUUCACGGAGGCAGAGCUCUCUCCCAUCCGAGAGGAGGGAGUCUCUUCGGAUAAGUCAUCUGGGGCGUCCUCAGAAUCCGUACAAACUGUCAGUCAGCCUGGGGUGGUAGGGUUGACAGCCCAGUCAGAGUCUAGUAGUCCUUCUCAUUUAAAAGCCAACACUGGACAUUCUGCCAAAGGAGCUGGGACUGCAUCUCAUGAAACGGAUUUAAGUCAUCUUGAAAUGGCUGCUCAGGAUGGAAAUCAGGGGACAGGUAACCUUCAGGAAGCAUUAGGCCCUACGGAGCCAAGCCCAAGUGUAAAAGGUCGUGCAGACCAGGAUCCUUCUCCUCAUGAGAGUGCCCUACAGCAAGAUGGAGGUGGGAAAGAAACCGUGCCUUGUGGAGAAACAGCAGAAUUUAAACAAAGGCAAACCAUUAACAAAGGCCAGGAAGGAAAGGAACAAAGUCAGGACUCAGAGGUUGAGGAGCUGCGCAAACUCUGGAAAACCCACACCAUGCAGCAAACUAAACAGCACAGGGAAAACAUUCAGCAGGUGUCGCAAAAAGAAAUUCAGCAUAAAAUUGCAUCUGCUGAUGGACAUGUAGAAGGUUCCGCACUUCUAAAGGAAAAGAGGAGGCAUCGAUUGCAUAAAUUCUUAUGUCUCAGAGUUGGGAAACCGAUGAGGAAGACGUUCGUGUCUCAGGCAAGUGCUACAAUGCAGCAGUAUGCACAGAGAGACAAGAAGCAUGAGUACUGGUUCGCCGUGCCGCAGGAAAGGACAGACCACCUGUAUGCCUUCUUCAUUCAGUGGAGCCCAGAAAUCUAUGCAGAAGACACUGGCGAAUGCACCAGAGAACCUGGGUUCAUAGUAGUAAAAAAGAUUGAGGAGUCUGAAGCAAAUGAGGAACCUACUAGUGAAGCAGCAGCCAGAGAAUGGGAGGUAGUGUCAGUGGCUGAGUAUCACCGCAGGAUCGAUGCUCUAAAUACCGAGGAGCUGCGCACUCUCUGCAGACGUCUCCAGAUCACCACCCGGGAAGACAUCAGUUCCAAGCAGGCUGCUCCCGUGAAAGCAGAGCUGGAGUCUGAAUCUUUUCGGCCCAACCUCAGUGACCCCAGCGAGCUCCUGCUGCCAGACCAGAUUGAGAAGCUCACCAAGCAUCUUCCACCAAGAACGAUUGGCUACCCGUGGACGCUGGUCUAUGGGACAGGCAAGCACGGCACCAGCCUGAAGACCCUGUACCGGACCAUGGCAGGUCUGGACACCCCGGUGCUGCUGGUGAUCAAGGAUAGCGACGGCCAGGUCUUUGGUGCAUUAGCAUCGGAGCCAUUCAAAGUGAGUGACGGCUUCUACGGGACCGGAGAGACCUUUGUGUUCACCUUCUGUCCAGAGUUUGAGGUCUUUAAGUGGACCGGAGAUAAUAUGUUUUUUAUCAAAGGAGACAUGGAUUCAUUAGCUUUUGGUGGUGGAGGAGGCGAGUUUGCUCUUUGGCUUGAUGGAGAUCUCUACCACGGAAGAAGCCAUUCUUGUAAAACAUUUGGGAAUCGUACACUUUCUAAAAAGGAAGAUUUCUUUAUCCAAGACAUUGAAAUCUGGGCUUUCGAAUAAAUACAGUGCUGUCUGUCUGAGCAGGAUAACGGCCCAAACCUGACAUGGACAAGCAUUGUUUGGAAUGUUCAAGAAGCAAUACAACGUAACAUGUCACUCGUGCUUUAAAUUAGUCCGUCACCACUUACUACAGCUAUAAUUUUGGAGUUUACUUUGCAAAUCAUGUUCCUGUCCCAGAGUUCUUUUGGUUUAGAUCAUUACCAGGUUUUUCUUGUGAAUUUUGACAGUAGUUUGACCAUAGUGACCACUUUUUUUUCAGUCCAUGUUUUCUCAGUCUUCUAUAGGAUGGUGCUCUUUUGUUGAUCUCAGCUUUUUAAAAUUCCAUUGUUUGUUUCAUAGAGCAGUGUCAUGAGGGCAUUGAGGACACAAUAUCUUCCUUCAUGUGAGGUGGCACAGGUGACAUUGGGACCCGCCAACCUUAUGCUUACCAAGGGGAACCCACAUGCCAAAAGAAUACGCACUUCAUAGACCAUUGGGAGAGUUCUAGUUUUGAUUGACCCUACGACAUUCUCUUUCUUAACUGUGCAAGUACUCUAGAUUUCAUUUUAAGGAAGUGGAAUUUGAGGAGAAUUCUGAUUGUAAGACUGCAGUGCACAUGAUCUGCAGGUUUGGGCAUAAGCUUUCAUCAUUGGCUUCUCAGAUAAAGAGCUUAAAUUGACAAAGGAGAAUGAGAACUUAAUGAUUCUAUUGGAUUUAAUAUAUUAAGCAAGAAAUUCUAGUAUUUACAUAUUUGUAGCUUAAUAGGGCAUUAUCGUAAACACACAGACCACACAUGGAUGCAUCCGCUGCCUCUUUCUCAACAUGCUGUGUCAGAUAUACUGUUUUAUAGUUCAGUUGUUUUAGCCUUGUUACACAUCAGCCCCCAAAAUAUAGGCUCUUUUCUGUUCAAAAGGAAAAAGUGUUUUUCUUUUUUUUUAGUGAUAUAUGUUAUUUUCAUUAGCAUUUGCUCUUACAAAGAGCAGUGAUUGUAGUAGACAAUAUUGUAGCUCAGUAGACUUGGUGAAUAUGCAAACUUACUGUCAAGUGACCUCAAAAAAGUGAAAAGGUAGAAUACACUAGUAGUUCUUAUCCUCUUUUGUAGGAAACCAAUAAUAAGCCGUUGUGGCAAUAAUUCAUCAGUUAAAUUUCAAAGCUUCAUGUUAUGCAAAAAACCCUGCUGUUAUUCAUGUGACAGUGACUUUGUGCUGAGAUUUCAGCAAUUCCAGAUGAACACUGUAUAUCUUGUAAAUUAAUGUUUAAAGUAGUUUGUUCUUACAGAAAGUGUUGAUUGCCAGGUUACUUAUAGCACUUUAUUCUAAAAAUGAAAUUAUAAGCCAAAUACAUUGGCUUACGUAGUUUUAGUUGAAAAAUAUUUAAAUAUAUUUGGUUCUUUUGAGAGAUAAUUAUCUAAAGAAGGCAUAAUGCUAAUCAAAAGCAGACCUGGUGUUCCACUAUAAGAUGCUAUUGCUGCCUGUGAAUGGAAACCCAGGGCUUCGUGUCCUCGGCUCUGUAAUGCUCUCGCUAUGUUAGUAACAGUGUAUAGAUGACGCGUUUACAACAUAGGGAACUGUAAAUAAAUACGUCAGGUUUUUUCUCCCUUUGGUCUUCCACAGCAGUAUUAUUGUCUUUGUGGAGUUGACUAAUCAUAAAAUAAAAUUUUAAAAAUCCUGUCAUGGAUUCCAAUUACAAUAAGCUCAUAGUGGUAUAUACCAAAUAAAACUGAAUACAUAGAUACA